CUUUAAGUUCCCUGCACUCUGCACACGAGAAAAGGAGGGAGUGAGAGGGAGAGGCACAGAGAGAGCAGGGGACCAGGUAAAGCCCGGGGGCUGCUGCAGCCACUCAGACUCAGGAGCCGGAACAUUGCCAAGGAUGCAGAAGGAAAUGAAGAUGAUCAAAGAUGAGGAUGCGCAUUUCAACCUGGGUGUGAAGAGGCCCCCCUCUUUCCCCCACUGCCUGCAGCCAGUGGUUUCCCGGGGCAAAGCUCCCCAAAGACACCCCUUCCCAGAAGCUCUCAGGGGGCCUUUCUCCCAGUUCCGGUACGAACCUCCUCUCGGAGACCUGGAUGGCUUCCCGGGGGUCUUUGAAGGAGGAGGGUCCCGGAAACGCAAGAGCGUGCCCACCAAGAUGCCCUACACCCACCCCUCUGAGGAAGCCGCCCUGGGCCUCCACUCCGAGGAGAGCAAACUCCAUGGCCACCCGAACUUCCCUCUGCUGUUCCCGCAGCCCCCGCGCCCCAAAUACGACUCGCAGAUGAUCGACCUGUGCAACGUGGGCUUCCAGUUCUACCGCAGCCUGGAGCCCCUGGGCGGCAAGCGCGUCAAGCAGGAGCCGGUGAAGCCCAGCGCCGUGUGGCCCCAGCCUGCGCCCGCGCCCUUCCUGCCCACGCCCUACCCCUACUACCCCAAGGUGCCCCCGGGCCUCCUGUUCCCCUUCUUCGUGCCCACAGCCUCCCCGUUCCCCUUCAGCCGGCACGCCUUCCUGCCCAAGCAGCCCCCCGACCCGCUGCUGCCCCGCAAGGCGGAGCCCCCGGAGGGCGAGGAGGCCAAGCAGAAGGUGGAGCGGAUGGACGUGAACGUGCAGAUCGACGACAGCUACUACGUGGACGUGGGCGGGGCGCAGAAGCGCUGGCAGUGCCCCACCUGCGAGAAGUCCUACACGUCCAAGUACAACCUGGUCACGCACAUCCUGGGCCACAGCGGGAUCAAGCCGCACGCGUGCACCCGCUGCGGGAAGCUCUUCAAGCAGCUCAGCCACCUGCACACGCACAUGCUCACGCACCAGGGCACGCGGCCCCACAAGUGCCAGGUGUGCCACAAGGCCUUCACCCAGACCAGCCACCUGAAGCGCCACAUGAUGCAGCACAGCGAGGUGAAGCCGCACAACUGCCGCGUGUGCGGCCGGGGCUUCGCCUACCCCAGCGAGCUCAAGGCCCACGAGGCCAAGCACGCCAACGGGCGCGAGAACAUCUGCGUGGAGUGCGGCCUCGACUUCCCCACCCUGGCGCAGCUGAAGCGGCACCUCACCACGCACCGCGGGCCCAUCCAGUACAACUGCUCCGAGUGCGACAAGACCUUCCAGUACCCGAGCCAGCUGCAGAACCACAUGAUGAAGCACAAGGACAUCCGGCCCUACAUCUGCUCCGAGUGCGGCAUGGAGUUCGUGCAGCCCCACCACCUGAAGCAACACUCGCUCACCCACAAGGGUGUGAAGGAGCACAAGUGUGGGAUUUGCGGGCGGGAGUUCACUCUGUUGGCCAACAUGAAGAGACACGUGCUGAUCCACACCAACAUCCGCGCCUACCAGUGUCACCUCUGUUACAAGAGUUUUGUGCAGAAACAGACCCUCAAGGCACACAUGAUCGUCCACUCUGACGUGAAGCCUUUCAAAUGCAAGCUGUGUGGGAAGGAGUUCAACCGGAUGCACAACCUGAUGGGCCACAUGCACCUGCAUUCUGACAGCAAACCCUUCAAGUGCCUCUACUGCCCCAGCAAAUUCACCCUGAAGGGGAACCUGACGCGCCACAUGAAAGUCAAGCACGGUGUCAUGGAGCGGGGCCUCCAUUCUCAAGGUUUUGGAAGGGGGAGACUCGCCCUGGCGCAGGCGGGGGUCCUGAGGAGUCUGGAGCAGGAGGAGCCCUUCGACCUGUCCCAGAAGCGCCGGGCCUUCCAGUCUGACGGGGAGAGCGCCAGGGGCAGCUCCUGCCACGAAGAGGAGGAUGAGGACCACUGCUGCGAGGUGGAGCGGGACAGCCCAGGCCCGGCCCCGCGGAGCAGGCAGCGCUGCGUGCCCCGGGAUCUCUCCACCAAGCCCGAGCCGGCCCCCCGGGCGCCCCAGGAAGCCUGCGAGGAAGAAGAGAAGGAGGAGGGGGAGGAGGAGGAGGAGGAGGAGGAGGAGGAGGAGGAGGAGGAGGAGGAGGAGGAGGAGGAGGAGGAAGAGGAGGAGGAGGAGGAGGAGGAGGAGGCCGUGCAGAAGGAAGGACGCCAGGAGAAGAGCAAGGACAGCCAUGGGGCAGAGGGCGGCCAGGAGAGAGAUGGCGCCCGCAGAGAGGAGCAUCCCAGCCUCAGGGCGCUGCAGAGCGCGCGGCGGGGGGCCUCCUUUUCUGAUUACUUGUACUUCAAGCACAGAGAUGAGAGUUUAAAAGAAUUACUGGAGAGGAAAAUGGAAAAACAAGCAGUGCUUUUAGGUAUCUAA